AUGUGUUAUUUCCCAAUAAAGCUGCUGGCUCCAGCGGUACUUCUAGGUAUAAAGUCCAGUAUCGGCACCACGUACAAUCUGUUCCCGCGGCAAGCUCAAGAUAUAAUGGAUGCGGUGGCUUCUGGUGACCUUGAACGUGCCAAAUCUCUACAGGAACAGUUGAACAAAGCUGUUGAAGCUUUUACAGCUGAAGGACCCUGGGUCCCCGCUUUAAAAGCUGGGAUGGAAAUUGUAACGGGAAUGAAGUUCGGUCCCCCGGCAUUACCUCAAAGACCAAUUUCUGAAGCGGCAAGAAAAAGAAUUGAAGGAAAACUUAGGAUUUUGAAACUAAUAAAUUGA